CCCCCCCCUCUCAGGAGGAGGGUGGGUGGUACAGUCCUCUGUGGGUCCCCCUGGCUGUGCAGGGAGAGCUGCGCUGAUAGAUAGUGACCUGGCUGGGCUCUCCUCGCACACUCCAUGGGCAAUGAGCACCCGGGGCUGGUCCCCUGCACAGCAUGAGGAAGAACAAAGUUAUGGUGCUGGCUACUUGCCUGGGCUCCUUCAUCCUGGUCAUCUUCUACUUCCAGAGCAGCCUCAGCACAGCUGAGGAACAUGUCACUGCCAGCAUCUGGAAAGGGAAACCAAGGAGAAGUCCUCUGCAGGCUUUAUAUGACAGCGAACAGGUUGAACCCUCUACUAUCCAGGCUACACACCAAAAGCGUCGGGAGCUGCUGGCCAGCGCCUGCAAGACGUACACCCGUAAACGCCGCGUCCUGACUGCCGAUGACCUCAAACACCUGGUCGUGGACGACACCCAUGGGUUGAUUUAUUGCUACGUGCCUAAGGUGGCCUGCACCAACUGGAAGAGGGUCAUGAUGGUCCUCACCGGCCAAGGCAAAUAUAAUGACCCUGCCCUCAUACCAGCCAACGAGGCCCACAUUGCAUCCAACCUCCGCACUCUCUCCGAGUUCAGCACCCCGGAGAUCAAUUACCGCCUGCGGAACUACCUCAAGUUCAUCUUCGUAAGGGAGCCUUUCGAGAGGCUGGUUUCAGCCUACAGGAACAAGUUUACCCGGACGUACAACACGGCCUUCCACAAGCGUUACGGCACCAAGAUCAUAGAGCGCCAUCGCAGGGAUCCUUCGCUCGAGGCACUUGAGCGGGGGGAUGACGUCAGUUUUGAAGAGUUCCUCUAUUAUCUGGUUGACCCCCAGACUCAAAGAGAGGAGCCGUUUAAUGAGCACUGGGAGCGGGUCCAUUCCUUGUGCCACCCAUGCAUCGUCCAGUAUGACGUGGUAGGGAAAUACGAGACUUUAGAGGAGGAUGCCGAAUACCUCCUUCAGCUCAUCGGCAUAGGCGACUCGAUCAAAUUCCCAUCUUCUUCCAAAACCACGCGGACCACCGACGGCAUGACGGCACAGUUCUUCAAAGGAAUCACCCGCUUCUACCAACGGCGUCUUUUCAACUUGUACAAGAUGGACUUUCUACUCUUCAACUACAGCAUUCCCUAUUACUUGCAGAUACAUUGAACGUGCGGCGAGAGGGUGUCCGGGGGGCCUGGAGCCUUCAACACACCUUUUCAUUGGAGGAAGAAAAACAUGGAAGCCAUGUUUUUUUUGUUUUUUAUAUUUAUUGCCGGAAUCGUG